AUGUGGGGUGCAGCGACCCAGCUGCCUACGCGGGCCCUCAGCCUGGGGACACGUGUGCGGGGUCUCUGCCUCCACUUGCUGUCCCGGGGGCUGCGGGCCCUCCUGCUCUGCGUGCCCAUGCUUCCCCGAGCGCUGUGUGCGUGUGUGCGGGAGGUGGCCCGCCCUGUGCUCACGGCUGCUGGCUCCGCGGCCCUCGCGGCGCACAUCUGUGGCGUUUACAUCUUCCUUCAGGGGGUCGCCUGGUGUGCCCAGCUGGCGGGGAGCUGGGUGACGCUGCACGUGUGGUUCUGCCGUGCCUUGCUGGAGGCCCUCGGACGCAGCCCUUUGCUCCUGCUGUGUGAGCAGGCCGCCAGGCUGCUGGUGCGGGCAGGUGUGCAGACCGGCAGAGUCCUGGCUCGGGUGAAGGGGGUGGCCGUCCUUGUUCAGCUGUGUGCCCGUGCGGUCCUACUGGGCACGUGCUGGUGCAUGCACGUCUGCUUUGCCGCCAUCAGCUCCACGGUCCGCGUGAGAGUGCACGCGCCUUUCUCUGUCUCACUGCCCUUCAGGGUCCUCGCUCCCCUGAGCCUAGGCAUCAAAGUGAGGCCGCGGGGCCAGAGGCAUGACAGGGCCGAGGGGGAGGUCUCUAAGCCUUUGGGAGUAGCCUCGGAAGAUGAGUUGGUGGCCGAAUUUCUCCAGGACCAGAAUGCACCACUUGUAUCCCGCGCCCCUCAGACUUUCAAGAUGGAUGAUCUCCUGGCAGAGAUGCAAGAGAUUGAACAGUCAAACUUCCGCCAGGCACCCCAGAGAGCUCCUGGUGUGGCAGACUUGGCCUUGUCUGAGAACUGGGCCCAGGAGUUUCUUGCAGCUGGAGAUGCUGUGGAUGUAACUCAGGAUUAUAAUGAGACUGACUGGUCCCAAGAAUUCAUCUCUGAAGUCACAGAUCCUUUGUCUGUGUCCCCAGCCCGCUGGGCUGAGGAAUAUCUGGAACAGUCCGAGGAGAAGUUGUGGCUGGGAGAGCCUGAAGGAACAGCUGCCACUGAUCGCUGGUAUGAUGAAUACCAUCCCGAGGAGGAUCUGCAGCACACAGCCAGUGAUUUUGUGGCCAAGGUGGAUGACCCCAAGUUGGCUAACUCUGAGUUCCUGAAAUUCGUGCGGCAGAUUGGCGAGGGGCAGGUGUCCCUGGAGUCCGGUGCAGGGUCGGGCCGAGCUCAGGCAGAACAGUGGGCAGCAGAGUUUAUACAGCAGCAGGGUACAUCAGAUGCCUGGGUUGACCAGUUCACAAGACCAGUAAACACAGCUGCCCUCGAUAUGGAGUUUGAACGAGCCAAGUCAGCUAUAGAGUCCGAUGUCGAUUUCUGGGACAAGUUGCAGGCAGAGUUGGAGGAGAUGGCGAAACGGGACGCAGAGGCUCAUCCCUGGCUUUCUGACUAUGAUGAUCUCACGUCUGCUUCCUAUGAUAAGGGGUACCAGUUUGAGGAGGAGAACCCCCUGCGUGACCACCCCCAGCCUUUUGAGGAAGGCCUCCGGCGGCUUCAGGAGGGGGACCUGCCAAAUGCGGUGCUGCUUUUUGAGGCAGCUGUGCAGCAGGAUCCCAAGCACACGGAAGCUUGGCAGUAUCUGGGUACCACUCAGGCAGAGAAUGAACAAGAACUGUUAGCCAUCAGUGCGCUGCGGAGGUGUCUGGAGCUAAAGCCAGAUAACCGGACGGCACUGAUGGCGCUGGCUGUGAGCUUCACCAACGAGUCCUUGCAGCGACAGGCCUGCGAAACCCUGCGAGACUGGCUGCGCUACACGCCGGCCUAUGCCCACCUGGUCGUGCGCGGCGAAGAAGGGGCUGGUGGGGCGGGACAGGGCCCCAGCAAGCGCAUCCUGGGAUCCCUGUUGUCGGACUCCCUAUUUCUUGAAGUGAAGGAGCUCUUCCUGGCUGCUGUGCGCCUGGACCCUACAUCCAUUGACCCUGAUGUGCAGUGUGGCUUGGGAGUCCUCUUCAACCUGAGCGGGGAGUAUGACAAGGCAGUGGACUGUUUCACAGCUGCCCUCAGCGUCCGUCCCAAUGACUAUUUGCUGUGGAAUAAGCUAGGGGCCACCCUGGCCAACGGAAACCAGAGUGAAGAAGCAGUAGCUGCCUACCGUCGGGCCCUUGAGCUGCAGCCUGGCUAUAUACGGUCCCGCUACAACCUGGGCAUCAGCUGCAUCAACCUUGGAGCUCACCGGGAGGCUGUGGAGCACUUUUUGGAGGCCCUGAACAUGCAGAGGAAAAGCCGGGGCCCUCGCGGAGAAGGGGGUGCCAUGUCAGAGAAUAUCUGGAGCACCCUACGUUUGGCAUUGUCUAUGUUAGGCCAGAGUGAUGCCUAUGGGGCAGCUGAUGCCCGGGAUCUGCCCACGCUCCUAACUAUGUUUGGCCUGCCCCAGUGA